AUGAAUGCCGUUGAUUCACAUCAACAAUUCAAAUAUGAAUAUAUUGCUGGUGUAUCUUUAUCAAACGAUCUUCAUCGUUUGAAUCAGAUGAGUUCGAAUGUGAAUAUAAAUAAAGAACGCCAAUUAUUUCAUAGUAAAUUUAAUAGUAAACAAAAUCGUAUGUCAUCUGUUCCACUAAUUGAACAAUCUGGCAAAAAAUCAUUGGAAAUAAUUGGUUUUGAAUUAGGACCAAAAAUAUCAUCGAAUAAAACUAAUCAUCAAUUAUUUAUUAAAAAUGCAAAUUCUUCUAUUCAUUCAAAAGUAAAAUUAACAAAAGUUGAUCAAACAAUGUUACAGUUACCGAAAAGAACAACAUUUAUAGCAAAUCGAAGAGUACCGGAAAAACUUUUUUCAAGAAUAUUGACAUCACAUGUACCUAUUUCAUCUAAUCAUCCAAUAUCAGAUAAAUUAACUAAAAUUUCUUCAAAUCGUCGAACGAAUACAUCAAUACCAAGUUCAGAUGAUAAAUCGAUCAUGACACAACGAACACCAUCAAAUUUCACAAUAAAUUCAUCUAUAACAGUUUUAAAGAAAAUACCAACACCUAAUAAUCAACUUUCACCAAGAUCAUCGAAAAAAUCUCAACAAUCUUUUGGAAGUUUAGGACGAAAUACAACAUCAAUUAAAUUACCUACAUUAGUCAAACGAACAGCAUCAUCAAUUAUCAAACCAAUACCAUCAGCAUAUAUUCAAGAUUCAUCACAACUUCAAAUACCUUCUUCAAAUUUUACAAAUCGAUCUAUAUUACAACCAACACCAGUUCUACCAAUUUAUGCACCUCAUCGUUCAGUAACAUUAUUUGCUGAACAACAACAUUUACCAUUAAUAAAAGAUCGUAUAAUCAAAGCUAAUCUUUCACAAAAAGCAAGUUUUAAAUGUAAAUCACCACCAUUACACCGACCAGAUAGUUCACUUAGUCGUUCGACUACUGCUGUAAUUAAUGCUUCUCAAUUACAAACAAAAACAUACAAUCCACUUAAACAUCUAGAUGUAGGUUUAUUACUUAAUGAAGCAACACGGAAUAGAUUGAAACGAUUAUUUCAACAACUUGAUACAGAUCGAGAUGGACAUCUAACAUAUACUCAAGUACAAAAAUGUUUACCAUUAAAUUUACCUCGUGCUCAAGAAACAUUUUUUCGUGUGUUAUAUGAUAUAACAAGUGAUUCAACUUUUUUUGGUUUACAAGAAUUUUAUGCAACAGCUGUACUUGUUGAUAUGGUAGCUAAACAAGACCCACAAAUAUGGAAUUCAUUAUUAGAUGAUGUUGAUUUUAAUUAUUAUCAUGAUGAUGUACUUGAAUUACUUGAUGAAUUUGAUAGUCGUUAUUCACCUGUAACAUCUACAAUAAAUUUUGAUAAUCUUGUUGGAUUAAUUAUGAAUCGAACAAUAAAUGGUAAAUAUGAACGUGUUACAAAAGAAUUAGAAAGUUGUAUUCCUAUGAUAAAAACAAUGAAAUUUACUCGACUAGAAUUUAUUGCUCUUAUACCAAUUAUUAUUUAUAUUGAAUCAUGUCUUGAUAAUGGAAAACCAUUAUUUCGUUUUCAAGAAAAUUCCAUACUUAAUUUACAUAUGCAAAAAGCAUUAUUAACUUAA